AUGACGGAGGAUCACAAUUAUCGUGAUAAAUUAUUUACGUUAAGAGAUGGAAUUAAGUUACCUGCGAUUGGAUUGGGCACCUAUCGUAUCAACAACUACGAUAUUUUGUAUGAGACAAUGAACAAUGCACUGGCUCGCGGCUACAGGCUUUUUGAUACUGCCUCUAUUUAUGGCAAUGAAGAACAGAUAGGAAGAGCCCUACGAGAGCUACUUCCGGCACAUAAUCUUAAAAGAGAAGAUGUUUUUAUAACCACUAAGUUGUCGCCAUCUAUCACUAACAAGUCCGUUAGGCGGGCUUUUAAUCGAUCGCUUACUAAUCUGGGAUUAGAUUACCUGGAUAUGUACUUAAUACAUUUCCCGGGAUAUGCGAAACAAAAUCCAAAGGGCGCUUUAAAUAAAAAGAGGCGCGAAGAAACAUGGCUUGCGAUUGUUAAGUUGUACGAUGAAGGUAAGGUCAAUGCAGUUGGUGUAUCCAACUUCACUCUGAAGCACCUCCGUGAAUUGACUGAUGUAAUGGCUCUUGGACCUAUGGUCAACCAGAUUGAAUACCAUCCGUACUAUGUGGAUACCGAGAUGAUGCAAUAUUGCCUUCAAAAUAACAUAUUAGUUCAAGCUUAUAACUCGUUUGGCGGACUGUCGUUGAGGAACAAUGAUCUAAUGGAGGAUCCGGUCGUCAAGAAGAUUGCUAACAAACAUGAUGCUACUCGUUGCCAAGUUCUGCUAGCUUGGGCCCUGCAGCGCGGAGUUGCUGUGAUUCCCAAAUCUAUCAAACCAGAGCAUAUGGAAGAGAACAUUUCGACCAACUUAAAACUAACAGAACGGGAGAUGCUAUCCCUCGAUGCUCUGUCUGUUAAGAACAAGAAGUAUUCAUGGGAUCCCACUCAUAUUGCAUGA